CGCUCACACCUGCUUGGAUGAGUAUCUUACUCUCUCUGUCCAAGCAGCGAGCAGCAGCCUCUCUCUGGCUCCGUCCACCCUGCAGGAAGAUCUGGGCUCUGGAGCCAGGGAUUAUGAAACUGAACAUCAUGCUCUUCCUACAGACACCGUAGAACGAUGUCAUCCCAGUCUUAAAACACCUGCAAGAAAGGGGACAGUACUUUUCCAUUAAUAAAGCAAAUACUUCAUCCUGCUCUGAGAACCAACACAAUGGCUGUAUUCCCGAUAGUGUUGUUUCUGGCUGCUGUGCUGCUUCCAUCUUUACCCACAGAAGCAAAGGAUCCAUCCUUUACUGCCUUGUUAACCACUCAAACUCAAAUCCAAAAAGAGAUUGUAAAUAAACAUAAUGAAUUAAGGAAAUCAGUUUCUCCGCCUGCCAGCAACAUGCUGAAGAUGGAAUGGAACAGAGAAACAGCAGCAAAUGCCCAAAAAUGGGCAAACAAGUGCACUUUAGAACACAGCAAUGCAGAAGACCGAAAAACCAGUACAAAAUGUGGUGAGAAUCUCUAUAUGUCAAGUGACCCUACUUCCUGGUCAAAUGCGAUCCAAAACUGGUAUGAGGAACGCAAUAAUUUUGUCUAUGGUGUAGGACCUAAGAGUUCCAGUUCAGUUGUUGGACAUUACACCCAGCUUGUCUGGUACUCCUCUUUCCACGUUGGAUGUGGAAUUGCCUAUUGUCCCAAUCAAGAAAGUUUAAAAUACUACUAUGUUUGCCAAUAUUGUCCUGCGUAAGUAUAUACUUUAGAGUUUAACACAAUA